UUGCUAAAGUGGCAACACUAGUGUUGACAAGCCUGCUUCUCAUUCCAAGAAUACUUUGAGCAUACGAAAAAGGUUGCAUUUUUGCUUCAAAGAAUACAAAGUCUUUUUCACAUUGGAAUUAGUUUUUGGCAAUCAAGCAAUACACAAGUCGAUAUGAUGACGCUAUGGAAAAACACAAUUUGUGUAGUAUUGCACUUAUUUUUCUAUGUCAUUUGGACACACGCCCAGCUUGCAAAAGAAGUACCUCUAGAGCUUAGGCCAAACUUCGAAGGUCUCGAAGGAGACACUUUUCGCAACAAAUGUAUUUCUGUGCUCGGCGAAAAAGACGGCAGCAAAGCUUAUGACGAAAUAGAGUCUAGUUUUGGCGUAUUUAGCGAAUGCAUGGUAAAUAUUGUAAAUCACACGGCGAUACAGCAGGAAAUCGAAGAAGCGACUCCACGGGGCGAACUAGAUGUUGUUUUUAAUAAAUAUUGCAACAAGCGGUCGGAUGCCAUCCACUGUGUCGAUGAUUUUACCUUGAUUGUUUCACCAUGUCUUGAAAAAGAAGAACAGGAGAGCCCAAAUGCAAUAAAACGCAUUGUUCAAAGCCUGCUUAAUUUCGUCUGUCACAAGAAUGGCGACCAGAUAGCCCUUUUCAUUGGCGAAAAAGGACCUGAGUGCCUUCAGUCUGAGAAGGAUAACAUUCAGCAGUGCCUCAACAGCACUUUCUCUGCAUUAUUCCAUUCCUCGUAUAUCGCCGAAAAUAAAAUAAAAUCAAUUCCAAAGCUUAUUGUAGGUCAGAAGCAGUGUGACGACAUGCUGAGCCUACAGACAUGCGUGGUUGCUCGCCUGGAGACUUGCCCAGACAUAACACCAGCGAAUCUGGUUGAGUCCAUGUUUAAUUUCAUUCGAAACGAGACAUUUUGCCGCAAUUACCAGAAAUCGCACCCGGAAUCUGAAUCUAUUAAUUCGGGAGGACAAGGAUUUACUCCAUUGAUAUUCAUUUUAUGUUCUUUAGUCGUUGGCAAUUAUAUUUAAAACGAACUCUUAAAAAUGUUCCUAUCUGUGAGUUUUUAUGAUUGUGGCCUUAACCGCAGUCUUCUUUCUAAUUCCGAGCUAAUUCCAUCUCAUGUCUACCAAAUGUUAUGAAUAUGAAAAAAAUUUUUUUUUAUUUAAUAAAAGCUACAAUGUAUUA